CGCGGCCCCCAGGCCGGCCAGCUGGGGCGAGAGCCCCUCGGAAACAAAGAACGCCGGUCAGAAACAACAGCGGGCACCAAACCGCAGGGCGCGGGACACCACCAUGCGCAGUUUUUUCGGCCGGCUUACAUAUCAGGCACUUUGCCCCUACAAGAUGGGCGGCGAUGUGUUGUAGGGCGUCCCCUUUAUUGGCGGCAUUGUGGCAGCAAUCAACUGACGGUGCAUCGCGCGCCGUGCUCCGGAGCAACCGCACCACAUACGCAGGCACUGUUUAGCUUUCUGGCGGAUCAAGCCCGUGAUUCUUCAGCACUAGACUCCGGCACCGCGAUGGUGUAA